UCCAUAUCACUAGGCUACCAUCUUAGUGAAGUCCAAAUAACAUACGAUGGUAUCCUUUUUCUCUGUGUUGUUGAAAUGGAAACGAGGUGUUAUGGAGAAAAUCAAACAAAAUAUUGGAGAAACUAGGGAAGGUAUUAGUGCGGGUUGUGACAUUAGCCUUAGCAUCCAUCGGUUCUCCGCGCGCUGGGACUGAGACGGCCCUUGCCGCCGCCGCGAAUUCACGCCCAAGGCAUCGUCGAGAUUAAGGAGCGGAUGAAGCGGGACUCAGGGUGACUCGUUUCCUCAGCCGAAAAAGAAGUUUGUCGCUCCCUCUGGUUCUCUCGCCCGGGUAAUGCGGGCUCGCUCCGCCCUCCUCCCGGCCGUCUUGGCCCGAUCCAAGACCACCUCCGCCCAGUACGUGGCGGCGAGGCACAUCGACCCCACCUUCGAGAAGCUGAUGGACGGCUACAAGCACCUCCUCAAGGUGGCAGCCGUCCAGGACCUCAUCAUCGCCUCCCCUGGCCUCUCCCUUCCUCUCCCCCUCCUCUCCGCCGCCGCCCCAAAACUUCGCCUCAACCGCGGCGCCCCCCACUUCGUCCGCACCUUCCCCCGCGUCUUCUCCCUCCACUACGAUCCCUCCUCCUCCCAGGCCCUCGUCCGCCUCGCCCCCUCCGCCGCCCAGGUCGCCCUCCAGGAGUCCUCCGCCGCCUCCGCUGCCGUCCCCGCCGCCGUAGAUCGCCUCUCCCGCCUCCUCUCCAUGUCUCCCUCCCGAUCCCUUCCCCUCCGCGCCAUCUUUCGAAUCUGGAAGGAGCUCGGCCUUCCCGACGACUUCGAGGAUUCGAUCAUUGCCCGUAAUCCUACUAUCUUCUCGCUCCGGGACAACCCCCGGGAGCCCAACACCCAUCUGUUGGAGCUCGUCGGGGGGAACCCUAGCCCUAAUUUCACACCGGCGGUGGAGGAGUGGCGGCUCCGGGAGCGGGGAAGGGAAGGAUCCAAGGCAGAUGAGAUGGAGCUCAGGUUCGGGUUCAAGCACGGAUUCCCUCCCGGAAUGCGGCUCGCCAAGAAUUUCCGUGCCAAGGUGAAGGAGUGGCAGCGGCUGCCAUAUGUUGGUCCGUACGACGCCGCCGCCGGCGGCCUUGGAGCGGGGAGUUCAAAGGACAGAAUGAAGCGAAUGGAGAAGCGGGCCGUGGGGAUUGCGCACGAGUUCUUGAGUUUGACGGUGGAGAAGAUGGUGGAGGUGGAGAAGAUCAGCCAGUUCAGGAAAUGGUUCGGGAUCGAGCUUAACAUCCGGGACCUGUUCUUGGACCACCCGGGGAUCUUCUACCUGUCGACCAAGGGGAAGCGGCACACAGUGUUCCUCCGGGAGGCCUAUGACAGAGGGAGGCUGAUCGAUCCAAAUCCAGUAUACGAAGCGAGGAGGAGACUUCUUGAGCUUGUGCUGAUGCGGCGGCGGGGAUUGGACGGAGCUCAGCUGGGAGUGGAAGAGCCGGCGACGCAGGAGGAGGAGGAGGAGGAGGAGGAGGAGUCAGGUUCGGCUGCUGACGACGUUUGAGUGGUAGUUCAGAAACCCAGUGGGAACUCAAAAAUCAAUUAAGAGUACAAAACUUUUUAAUAGUUUUAAGCAAUACACAGCCAAGUUUUUAUCCGCAAACCAUGGUUAAUCAGUCACUUAUUCUUUUCCUUUCUUUUUUA